CACACCCAAAACCCUACGUGUUGAUAAUUUAUCUUCACAUGCCUCUAAACCCUUCUCACUUCACUGCUCUGCUUUUCCUCUCGAGCUCAUCCUCAAUCAACCUCACGUCUUCCAUGGCAUCUCACUGAGACACCGACCCAGACAGAGAGACUCUCUGUAUACCGGAAGCGGAAAAUACCCACAAGGGAAAAAUCAUGGAGAUUAAGAGGAAAACACCUGUACAACUUGAAGGUCUUGACACCAUGUACUUAGAAAACAAAUAUCCUACACAAAUGGACAUUGAAAACUAUGCCGCUACUGCCGGAUUGACUUCCAAGCAGAUUCAGUGUUGGUUUGUUGAGAAAAGAAGAAAGGAGAAAAGAGAAAAUGUAAUAACUAUAUCAUCAAAUUCAACUUCAAAGGAGAAACAUGCUGCUAGAAAGGUGGUUGCACGUUCUUUAUCUUCCAAACGCCAAAAGGCAUCUACUACUAAGAACAUAAUUUCCCAGGAUUUGUUUACCCCAGACUACAUUCUCAGAAGGGUCUUUCGGAAGGAUGGUCCUCCUCUUGGUGUGGAAUUUGAUUCUCCUUCUUCAGGAGACCUUCUCCAUUGCAAAGAUUCCGAAAUUUGUUAUUCUUCUUGCAAAGAGAGCCAGAGAGCGGCUAAAAGGACGAAGGUUUCCAAGCAUGCUUUCAUAAAUACGAUUUGUAGUGGCAAGAAUGCACCAUCAAAGAAGCAUGGUAUGGGUAAAGGUUUAAUGACAGCAUGGCGGGUAAUUAAUCCUCAUGCUGGAGAUUAUCCUACCAGCAUCGAUUUUACCAAUGAAGAAACUGGACCAUCAAUUUCAAAAUCUGUUGCACGAAAUCCACACAUUCAAGCUAGAAAACCAAAAAACCAAAAAAUUCUUACUAUACAGGGAAGGCUAAGGGACAAAUUACAAGAGAAGAAGAAGAAGAAACAUUUUGUUAAAAGAAGAGAGGUGAAAUCUUACAAAGAUGCAAAUCAGAAGCCGACGGGCAAAACAAAAUGUGAACUUGCUUUGGAGGGAGGACAUUCUCAAGAAAGUUUAAAUCAGAUUUCAAUGCUCGUGGAUGAUGAAGAGUUGGAGAGCAGAGAAUUACAAGCAGUAUCAAAUAGACCGCGGUGUUCUGGUCAUUCUACUACUGGACAUCAAGAUCUGUUGGCAAAUUUUCCACCAAAUUCUGUCAAGAUGAAGCAGCCUUUCAGUAUGCAACCUUGGGAUUCAUCUCCAGAGAUUGUCAAAAAGUUUUUUAAGGUUUUCCAUUUCCUCUAUACUUAUUCUCUUGUCGUUGAUGUUUGCCCAUUCACCCUUGAUGAGUUUGCUCAAGCAUUUCAUGACAAGGAUUCCUUGUUACUUGGGAAAAUUCAUAUGGCCCUAUUGAAGCAUCUUUUAUCAGACAUUGAACUGGAGCUCAACAAUGAAUCUUUGCGUCAUCAGAGUAAAUCUUGCAACUAUCUUGCAUUGCUUCACAUGGUGGAAAAUCAAGAUUUUUCCUUGGAGUUUUGGGGGAGAUCAUUAAAUCCUCUAACCUGGACAGAGAUACUGCGACAAAUAUUGGUUGCAUCUGGUUUUGGUGCUAAACAAAGUUCCAUUCGAAGGGAAACCUUUGAUAAGGAAGUGCAUCUUAUGGUGAAGUCCGGUCUACAUCCUGGCACUUUGAAGGGUGUAUUAUUUCAAAUUUUGCUUGAACAAGGAAACAGUGGAUUGAAAGUUUCUGACAUGGCAAAGUCUUUUCGAAUUGUCGAUUUAAAAUUGGCCACCACUACUGAGGAAUUGGAGUGUUUAAUAUGUUCAAUGUUAUCAAGUGACAUAACUUUAUUUGAAAAGAUCUCACCGAGUACAUAUCGUCUACGGAUAAACUCUAUCCUUAAGAAGGUAGAGGAACUUCAGUCAGAUACCGAAGACUCUGGAGCAGUUGAUGAUGGCUGCAGUGAGAGUGAUGCAUAUAGUAGUGAUGAAGACUCAAGAUGUGAUGCAGAAGAUUCCACUCUUAUAGAAGUGAUGAAAUUGAACAAACCGAAAAAUCAAAAUGGCUUAUCAAACAAUUACACUGAAAUUGAUGAGAGCCAUCCUGGUGAGUCAUGGCUAUUAGGACUGAUGGAAAGUGAAUAUUCAGAUCUAAGCAUUGAAGAAAAGUUGAAUGUCAUGGUAGCUUUAAUUGAUCUGCUUCGUGCAGGAUCCAGCAUCAGAAUGGAGGAACCUCCAGAAACUAUUGCUGAAUGUGUUCCUAGCACCUACCAUUCUACUUCGGGAGCAAAGAUUAAGAGGUCAUCAGCUAAGCAUCAAAACCUGCUUGGUUCAUCUUGGGGACAUCUUGGACAAUUACAGGGCAUAAAAGAAGCUUAUGCAUACUGGAACUGUCAUGCAAUAGAUUCAUUUUCAUCAAUCUCAAAGCUUUGCGAGAGACCCUCUUAUAAGGAAAAUGUUGCAAAACAUACAGAAGUGUGGGUUGGUCUACAUCCAAUGCAGUCUGUAUUUUUGGGGUCCGAUCGUAGGUACAAUAGAUACUGGCUAUUCUUAGGCCCCUGUAAUGCAAAUGAUCCAGGCCAUAGGAGGAUUUAUUUCGAAUCUUUUAAGGAUGGUCAUUGGGAGGUGAUUGACACAAAAGAGGCUUUGUGUGCCUUGUUAGAAGUUUUGGAUGACAGAGGUAAACGAGAGGCUCUACUCAUUGAAUCUUUAGAAAAACGGCAAGCAUGUCUGUGUGAAACAAUGUCUAGUAGAAUGGUAAAUAGUAAUGGGAGUGGACAUUUGACACAUUUUGAUCAAUCUGACCUGACUAUCAUCCGGGAAGACAGUUAUUCUCCAUUAUCUGAUGUAGAUAACAAUCUGACCUUGACUGAUGUCAUGUGUGAUUCUUUGCCUUCAUCUGGGGCCAUAGUUAUUGAAGUUGGAAAUAAGGGAGAAGAACAAAAACAAAAGUGGAUCCGUCUUCAAGCAUUUGAUUCAUGGACCUGGAGUGAAUUCUACUUGUGUCUUAAUGCUGUAAAACAUGGUAAAAGGUCAUAUUUUGAUUCACUUACUAGAUGUGAAUGCUGUCAUGAUCUAUUUUGGAGAGACGAGAAGCACUGCAGAGUAUGCCAUACCACAUUUGAAGUUGAUUUUGAUCAAGAAGAGAGAUACGCUAUCCAUUUAGCUACAUGUAGGGAUGAUGAAGUUACUGAUGUCUUUCCAAAAGUCCUCUCAUCGCAGCUCCAGUCACUUAAAGCUGCAAUUUAUGCAAUUGAGUCUGUUAUGCCAGAAGACGCUUUAAUUGGUGCUUGGACAAAAUCUGCUCACAAGUUAUGGGUCAAACGACUCAGACGCACCUCAUCUUUGCAAGAGCUUAUGCAGGUUCUCACAGAUUUUAUCGGUGCCAUCAAUGAAAGCUGGUUGAGUCAAUGCAAUGUUUUACCAGGUUCUUAUGAUGGUGAAGAAUUGAUUGCAUGCUUUACAACAUUGCCACAAACCACAUCUGCAGUUGCACUCUGGUUGUCGAAAUUAGAUGCCUUAGUUAGUCCGUACUUGGAAAGAGGUCAUUCCGGAAAAAUAGGAAGAAGAAAUUGUCAAUAGAAAAGGUAUGAAGCUUUGAAUCCACAGUCAGCCGUGGAGGACAGGAGCUUACUCUAUUUUGUGUUAGGAAAACGUCCGGCUUUUGAAAUCCAAGAAGAAUCAAGCUAUUGAGUGGUUUAGAUGUACAGAAUUUAGGACACUUAAAAUGACUAUUUUAUGGCAUUUAUCAACAGCCCUCCUUUUCUUUGGGUAAGUUUACUCUUUUGCGAGCUCUGAUCAGAUUUAAUGUCUGUCUGAGCUCAUAUUACAUACAUUCUGUGUAUGUAGGAAAUAAAUUUUGUCCAGUGUACAGUCUAAAGGAAGAAAAAGGUUUCUGAGCUUUGUCGAUUUCAUUUUCAGCACAUCUCACCUUCUCAAUUUCAAAAUAAAUAUAAUGUAUUUACUUAUAUUAUAUUUCUUAUUUUUACCAUUAAAAAAAAACAGUUUGUUCUAUAUUGCAAAUUGGUGUUGUUGGGAUUGGAUCAUCAACAUUUGAAAUGUUACAUUUGGUUUCUGC